AUGGAAAAGGAAGCAAAGAAAUUAGCACUUGCAAAAAAAGGUUCAGGAGUGGCAGAUAUAUUAGGUACAGUUAAAGAAUUUGGAAAACGAUUUGGGGAAGAAACCAAGAAAACUGUUAAACAAGGAUUAAAUAAAUUAGUAGAUAGUAUUGACACAGGAGAAGUCAAAGUCAAACAUAAGGUCCAACAUGAUGAUGAAUAUGAAGUUGACGAAGUGGGUGAUUAUGCUGAAGACAACAAUCCAAUCAUACAAGAAAUAGACGAAUUCGAACAUAUGGUAUCUGGUCAAGGUAUAACGUUUUUAUCCGACAACAACGAGGAACUACUGAAUAGAUUACGAGUAAUAUUAGCGGCAAUGAAGGAAGGUCAUCAACCACACAGACAAUUUAAUGAAGUGAACUGUAUACUAAAAAGACUCAUACAGAAAGGUAUUAUAGAUAAAAAUGAUUAA